AUGAAGUUGAAAAAAAAGUAAGCAGACAUCAAUUAGCUGUAUAAUACAAAGAAUUAAGAUAAAGUCGAGAGAAAAAAAUAAAUAAUUUAAUAAUGUUAGUAGAUCCAAUAAAAUCUACAAAUGAGUGAGGAGAAAAUGUUCAACAAAGAAUUAAAUAAGUCUAACAGCUAUUAUAGAGUAGAUAAAACCUCGAUAGCUCAAAAGGAUAAAACUCAUAUUCCUCCUUACUUAAAGUAAGAUAACGAUUGCUCUAAAUCGACUAUAUCGGAAGAAAUUCUCAAAGAGAGACUUUUGACAGACUUCUUAAAUAUCAACAUUAAUUAACAAAAUUAUCAAAGAGAAAAAUGA